UGCAGAGGGAGAAGGACUCUGGCGUCAGCGAAGUCAGCUGACAUUUUUCAUUGCUCAAGUCUCAUCUCACUAAAAAGAUCUUCUAGACCCUUUAACUGGACACAGGCCCGUCUCGUUGUCUGAGACGCAUUCAAAAUGGACUUCUCCAAGUUGCCCAAAAUCCGAGACGAGGAGCGGGAGGGAGAGUUUGGAUACGUGCAUGGCGUGUCUGGACCUGUGGUGAUAGCCUCCAGUAUGGCAGGAGCCGCCAUGUACGAGCUGGUGCGAGUGGGCCACAGUGAGCUUGUGGGAGAAAUUAUAAGACUGGAGGGUGACAUGGCCACUAUUCAGGUGUAUGAAGAGACCUCCGGUGUGUCUGUCGGAGAUCCUGUCCUGCGUACUGGGAAACCUCUCUCUGUGGAGCUAGGACCAGGAAUCAUGGGUUCCAUCUUUGAUGGUAUCCAGCGUCCCCUCAAAGACAUUAAUGACCUCACAAAAAGUAUCUACAUUCCCAGAGGAGUCAACAUUGGUGCCCUUAACCGUGAUCUGAAAUGGGAGUUCACCCCAUCCAAGAGCUUACGUGUUGGCAGUCACAUCACUGGUGGCGAUAUCUAUGGGAUGGUGUUUGAAAACUCCCUCAUAAAACACAAAAUAAUGUUGCCUUCAAGAAGCCGGGGAACCGUCACAUACGUAGCUCCACCUGGCAACUAUGAUGUCUCGGAUGUGGUGUUGGAGUUGGAGUUUGAAGGGGUGAAGGAGAAGUAUACAAUGGUGCAGGUGUGGCCAGUGCGUCAGGUCCGACCCGUCACUGAGAAACUUCCUGCCAAUCAUCCUUUGCUUACGGGUCAGCGGGUACUGGAUGCUCUCUUUCCGUGUGUGCAGGGGGGUACCACUGCAAUCCCUGGUGCUUUCGGUUGUGGUAAAACCGUGAUCUCUCAGUCCCUCUCUAAAUACUCCAACAGUGAUGUCAUCAUCUACGUGGGCUGUGGGGAACGUGGUAAUGAGAUGUCAGAAGUACUCCGAGAUUUCCCCGAGCUGACCAUGGAGGUCGGUGGUAAGGUGGAGAGCAUCAUGAAGAGAACGGCCUUGGUUGCCAACACAUCCAACAUGCCCGUGGCUGCCAGAGAAGCUUCUAUUUACACAGGAAUCACGCUGUCGGAGUAUUUCAGGGACAUGGGUUACAACGUGAGCAUGAUGGCGGAUUCUACGUCACGAUGGGCAGAGGCUCUGAGAGAGAUCUCCGGUCGUCUGGCUGAGAUGCCUGCUGAUAGCGGUUAUCCUGCUUAUCUUGGGGCGCGAUUGGCCUCUUUCUACGAGCGUGCCGGAAGGGUUAAAUGUCUUGGUAACCCGGAGAGAGAGGGCAGCGUGAGCAUUGUCGGAGCUGUGUCGCCCCCUGGUGGAGAUUUCUCAGAUCCGGUGACUUCUGCUACACUGGGUAUUGUACAGGUAUUCUGGGGUCUGGAUAAAAAGCUCGCACAGAGAAAGCACUUUCCCUCAGUGAACUGGCUCAUCAGUUACAGCAAGUAUACGCGGGCUUUGGAUGAGUACUACGACAAACACUUUCCCGAAUUCGUGCCGCUGCGAACCAAAGCCAAAGAGAUUCUCCAGGAGGAGGAGGACUUAGCUGAGAUUGUGCAGCUUGUGGGAAAGGCCUCACUUGCUGAGACGGAUAAGAUCACUCUUGAAGUUGCCAAGUUGAUCAAGGAUGAUUUUCUGCAGCAAAAUGGAUACACACCUUAUGACAGAUUCUGUCCAUUUUAUAAGACGGUGGGUAUCUUGUCCAACAUGAUUGCCUUCUAUGACAUGGCACGUCAUGCUGUUGAGACGACCGCACAGAGCGACAAUAAAAUCACCUGGGCCAUGAUCCGUGAACACAUGGGAGAAAUUCUCUACAGGAUCAGCUCCAUGAAAUUUAAGGACCCUGUCAAAGAGGGUGAGGAGAAGAUUAAAGCCGACUAUGCCCAGCUCCAUGAGGACAUGCAGAAUGCCUUCCGUACACUGGAAGAAUAAAAUUCCUGUCUUAAAAUCUGUCAAAACCGCAAACCUCCCCAUACAUAUACACACCCAGUCAAUGUCAUUUUGCUGUCGACAUUCCACUGCUUUAUAUUUAUCUUGUGUUGUUGUACAUACACUUGUGUUUCAUUGAGCCGUGUGUGCAUUUGUGUAUGUGUGUAAUGUGUACUCUUUGCCCUUUAUAUUUUUCAGAUCAUCCUUUCCAUAGAUCUAGAUGUAAUUAUAUAAUUUGAUGUAAUUAUUGUUCUAUUUUUAUCUGUACAGAAGAUUGAAAGACGUGAUAUUCACUAUAUUUACUGCUGGUAUAUUCACAGCUUUAAUGGUAACAGUCAUGUUGCUUCCAUUUGGUAACAUGGUUGUUUUUGUUGUGGAUGUGUUUAUUGCAGUAUUGUCCCGUGUAUUUGUUCAGGAGGGAGUACACAUCCUCUUCAUUGCCCUUGUGAAAAUGUGUUUAAGUCGAAAAAAUAAAUAUUGAUAAAUUUAC